AACCACAGAGAGAGAGAGAGAGAAAGAGAAGAAGCGAGUGAGUCAAUGUGAUAUAGAAAAGUUGAAAGAAAAGUAGAGAGUGAGAAGUGAGAGAGAUAUAGAGAAAAUAGGAUUAAGAGUGAGAGGUUGAUCGAAAGUAGAGAAACCAAAGAUGGUGAGAAAAAGAAUGUUUGGUCAGGUCAUGGAAAAAGGAGACAAUCCUGCAUUCUUCAAGAUUCUUCGAAAGGAAGACUUGUCUUCUGAAAUUAUGAGAGGGAUUCCUCGAAACUUCAUCAAAAGCACCUCGGAGGAGGAUUUAUCGGCUAACAUUGUGUUGAAAGUGUCAUGGCGAAGCUCAUGGACAAUCAGAAUAUCUAGAAACCUAUGCUUCUACUACAUGGAGAAAAAGGGAUGGGAUAAGUUUUUGAGUGACAAUGAUUUGGGCAAUAACGAGUACCUUACCUUUACGCACAAAGGACAUAUGUGUUUUAGUGUUGACAUCUAUCAGAUAGACGGUAUGGAGCUGCUUAGGCCGCGCAAAUCUGCACCUACCGUUGCUUUUAGUUCCGUUCGGAACAAGAGAGACCAAAGGGAGAACAUGUUUGAGUACCCUUCGUCUGAAUCAAGCUAUCUUGGUCCCAAAACAGCUGAAUCAACAGGAAGAAGACAAACUGAGAAAUCAAAGAAGAAGAAGAUGAAGGUGGAAAUUAUUUGUGACGAUUCUGAAGACGACACUCUUGUUCCAGAAUUUACCAUCACUAUAAAGAAGUCAUACCUCAUAUUCUUGGGGAUCCCAAAGAAGUUUGAGAAGUUGCAUAUGCCAAAGGAGACAACAAUGUUCAAGAUUUAUGAUCCGGAAAGGGAAACGUCAUGGGAUGUUAUGUAUAAGUUCACUAAUAAUAAGCAAUCAAGAUUCUGUGCUGGAUGGAUCCGUUUGGCUAAAGAUUUAGGUUUAGUGAUUGGAGAUGUUUGCACCUUCAAGCUCGUCAAACCUACCGAGAUGCUUGUUACAGUCACGAGAAGAGAGAUCAAUCUAUGAAACUUUAGUUUAAUUGUGUUAGCAGAACCAAUCUUGAUUACAUUGUUUCUGUUAGACUUUGUAUUGGCACGGAUUUGGAUACAAUGGUUCUUC